CUUCCCCAAUUCAAACCAGAUUGAGCAGAGAAUCAAAGAGAGCCAUUAUCGACCACAACAAGCUUUUCCGACGCAUACAGUUAAUCAAUACUUACCGAAAAUGUCGCUCAUUCCGAGACUCUUCGGCGGCCGGAGAAACGGCAACGUGUCCGACGAUCCCUUCUCCCUCGACGUUUGGGACUUGUCUUUCCCAUUUUCUGCUUCCGGCGAGACGUCGGCGUUCGUCAACACUCGCGUCGACUGGAAGGAGACGCCGGAGGCUCACGUGUUCAAGGCGGACGUCCCCGGCCUGAAGAAGGAGGAAGUGAAGGUCGAGAUCGAAGACGAUCGGAUUCUUCAGAUCUGCGGGGAGAGGAACGUGGAGAAGGAAGAGAAGAACGAGGCCUGGCAUCGAAUGGAACGCAGUAGCGGGAAGUUCAUGAGGCGGUUCAGGUUGCCGGAGAACGCGAAGAUGGAAGAGAUAAAGGCGUCGAUGGAAAACGGAGUGCUCACGGUCACCAUUCCUAAGGCGGAAGUGAAGAAGCCUGAUGUCAAGUCCAUUGAAAUCUCUGGUUAGACAAUUCAUUUUCCGAAUUCCGAUCCCGUGUUUAUGGAAAUCAAUACUGCAUUAUUACACUGAAAAAUAAAUGUGAAUUCCCCCUUGUGUGUUGUAUAGUUUGUAUGGUGUAAGUUGCUGGAAAAGUGUUUGAAGUGAAUAAAUUGAAUGUUUUUGUUUGUGUUUA